AUGAAUAUACUACCUGAUGUGAAAUCUACUAUCAUAAAAGAAGUCCCAGCAGGAUCAACAGCUGUUUUGAACUGUAAUAGUAAUGAUUACCAGCACAAUUUUAUGUUCUGGUUGUUUGACAAAAACCUUGUCAUUGGGCCUGGAAAUAACCAUGAUGAAAAGAAGUUUAAGUAUGAAGUUUUGUCAGGACGACUGCAUAUCGAUAAGGUGACCCCUGCUGAAUCUGGCUACUAUAAAUGUGUGUCAAAAUCUCUCGAUGGAUCAGGAAUAUCAGUUGGAGAAGUAGAAAUGGUAGUGAAAGGAUCAACAUUCUCAUCUAUGGAGGCAGUGAAACUAGUCGCCAUUGUGAUGUCUAUCCUUGUGAUUAUUACCUGUGCUGUUAUUUACUAUAGGUUAAGGAAACAAUGGAAUAAAUAUGAUGGACGGAAAGUAAUACCAGUUGAUGAUACAGAAGAUGAGGAUGGUGAUGAAAUUUACAAUCAAACAACCACUACUCUUCCAGAGCCAGUCCCUGGUCCCAGUAGAAAUCAGUCUUCUGAGCAGUUAAUAUAUGGAAUUGACAACCAAGGGCUGGAUACUGAUUUUAACUCAGUGUUUGAGAAUAUUCAAAUAAAAUCUCCACAUGCCAGUUUAAUAUGA